AUGGAGACAAUCAACAACAUCGCGGGCGCGGCGAGCAAGGCCAUCUGGGGAACGAACGAAGCUAACCAAGAGCCUGUCUCUGGUGUCAAGGGCAACACUAGCCAGGGUGAACCGUAUGACGCUGGCAAUAUCGAAGACCCCUUGAACAAGGAGAAGAAGGCCAACGUGGCUGAUGCCCACACCUCUGAGCCGGCGACUGGGUCAACAGCAACCACAACCACUGGGCUGUCUACUACCACUGCCCCUACCACAAGCACCCCGUCGGCUGGCACGACUGGAACGACUGGUACCGAGACUAGAAACGAGCACAGCUUGGCCGAUAGGUCGCGUGCUACCGAGGAAUCCACGACGCACAAGACGACAGAGGAGCUGUCCCCAAAGCACAAGGAAGAGAUCGGCAAGCCUGAGCUCAAGCACACAUCACCCAACGAUGUCCCCUCGGCCGACAGCGCCGCAGGGAAGACUGAGACGCGCGCUCCCAGUGACCCGGCCACCGAUCCGGCGCCCAAGGGACAAGAUGUCAACAACAGUGCGUCCGGUCCGACUGCUGGCGGUGACAAGCUUGACGGCCCAGGCCCGAGACCCCUGGAAGCCGUCGCCAAGGAGCGCGGGGGUGAUGCUGGCAAUGUCAAGGGAUCCUCGAAGGGUGGUCUCAUCGGAGGUGAGGAGUCCAAGACGGACACCGAAGGCAAGAAGGAGGAGGAUCCUAAUGCCAGCCACGGCGAGGAGGGUACGGGCGAGAAGCUCGUAAAGGCUACAGGAUUGGCUGCUGAUGGCGGCGAUUUUGAUGCGACGAGGCCUGGCGCCGGUCGCGAGGCAGACCGCCUCCUGGAUGAGAAGGAUCCCGCCCAUGCGGCAGCCAAGGCAUCUGCAAAGUCCGGCGCCGACAAAACCAGUGAUAAGACGAGCGAAUCUCACAGCUCCAGUACCGGCACUGGCACGGAGAAGGAGAAGGAAAGUCUCAAGGACAAGAUCAAGGCCAAGCUUCACCGUCACUAG